CCGUCGCCGACUUCAUACCUGGAGGACGAUGAAAAGAGGCAGAAGGUUCAACAGCAACGCUUCCUAAUAUCUAUCCUUGCAUCUCUUGACUACCACCCGGAGGUGGCUGCUUUGCGUCGUCUCGCGCCAGCUUCCCUCCUCGACCACUGUCCACGAGCCGCCCCUCUAACCACCCCCCGCCCCCUCCGCGACGCAGCACGCCGCAUGCCUUCGGCCAUCAACCUCAACUCGAGCGCAGUAAGAACCUGGUCUUUAUAUGAGCUAUGACGAGCGUCGACUUUGGCCGAUAUAAGCGCAUUGUUCAGUACUUUUGGGACCCGGAACCUACGAACGAUGCUGCAUCGCGCUCUCCGAUAUGGUGCUUAGGCCGAGAGUAUCAGGUCCCCGAGAAGAAUCUAGUACCCGUCGCGGCGAGCACUCCCCCUCUAGAUGGCAAGUUUGAGCCAGCUCAACCUCAAGAUCCCGUUCAAGAUGCAACCCCGCCAGACAGUACGACAGGUAGCCUUGACGACUCCUCAGCACACGACGAGUCUGCAAGUGGCGGAGAAGAUGGAGGUUGGCCCUCUUCCUUUUUGGACGAUUUCGAAGCCAGAAUAUGGCUCACAUAUCGCUCGAAUUUCCCAGCAAUUCCCAAAUCCCCGGAUCCAAAGGCGGCCUCAUCGAUGUCACUGUCAGUACGAUUAAGAAACCAACUUGUUGACCAAGGCAAAUUUACAUCCGACACGGGUUGGGGAUGCAUGAUCAGAUCGGGACAAAGCCUUUUAGCAAAUACUCUUGUCAUGCUACGAAUGGGAAGGGAUUGGCGCCGUGGCUCCUCAGACAUCGAAGAACGAGACAUUCUCGCAUUAUUUGCCGACGAUCCCAGAGCGCCUUAUUCGAUACACAAAUUUGUAGAGCACGGGGCCGCGGCUUGUGGGAAACAUCCCGGAGAAUGGUUUGGGCCUUCAGCCACUGCUCGUUGUAUCCAAGCAUUGACAAACGGUCGCGAGCUUUCGGAUUUGAAGGUUUACAUCACUGGUGAUGGGUCCGAUGUUUAUGAGGAUACUUUUAUGAGCAUUGCAAAGCCCGAUAAUAGCAGUUUCAAGCCGACAUUGAUAUUGGUCGGGACUAGGUUAGGCCUAGAUAAGAUCACACCCGUUUACUGGGAAGCCUUGAAAGCGUCAUUACAAAUGUCACAGUCUAUCGGCAUUGCUGGUGGCCGCCCUUCAUCAUCACACUAUUUCAUCGGCGUUCAAGGGCCCUACUUUUUCUAUCUUGAUCCUCACCAGACCCGACCUGCCCUUCCCCUUCCAGAAAAUCCUAGUCAUUAUACGCAAGAAGAUAUCGAUUCCUGCCAUACUCGAAGGCUAAGGAGAAUUCACGUAAAAGAAAUGGACCCAAGCAUGCUCAUCGCGUUUUUAAUCCGUGACGAGAAUGACUGGAAGGAAUGGCGGCGAGCCGUUCAAGAAGUGGAAGGAAAGGCAGUGAUCCAUGUCGCUGAUAAAGAUCCAGCGCUGUAUGGUCUCGGUGUUGAGAGAGAUGGCGCGAUAGAUGAAGUGGAAACCUUCGAUGAUGAAGAUGAAGAUGAUACCAUAUUAGCUACUUAGGCGCGCGGCUUGGAUGGGUGGUUUGGUAUUUGGCGUCUGAAAGGGGAGCAAUAGUUUAAUCCAAUGCUUGCAUCACUUUGCAAGAAGAUGCCACGCUCCGGGGAGCUCACGCAUAGUGAUAAUAUAUUUUAUAGGUCAUGAUCUCCGACAUCGUGUAAUGCUAAACAUGACGGUC